UUUCCUUGCGAUGGAUAAUAAUAUAGAACCUUUUAUAAAAACGAAAGUUAAAAGAAGCAAAUCAGAGAAUGAUGCUCUGCAAACAGACUGGGGAAAUCACACGGCUGUUGAUUGGAAAGAAUUCGUUGCACAGAUGUCAAAAUCCGGAUCGCACGUAUAUGUUUCUAGAUCCGAAAAUCCAGGAAAUGUUAACUCAUAUGCAGUUAUUAGAUUGCUACAAAAAAUGGAUGAGAAGUUAGACGAAAUGUCAAAUGAAAUAAUAAAAAUAAGAGGGUCUUUGGAACAAGCGAAGGGCAAAGCAUCAAAAAGAAGUGCAAACAGAAUAAGAGGAAGGAGACCAUACAAGGCAUGGAAUUUAAACAGAGAAAAUGGAAUGAGAUCUAGGAAAUUAACGUCACGUGAAACACAAACAGAAAUAGAACAGGAAAAAUACAACAAAGUUUCUUGGGAAAACUUGGUGAAAAGAAUCUCUUUCGACACAAUGAAUAAGGUGCCUGGAGAUGAAAUAAAGGCAUUUUGCAGAGGUUGGGGAGGUAUAGAAAAUAUCAAGGGUUUAAAAGCAGUGGUCAAAGAUCCAUGUUUGGGAUAUUUUUCAGAGGAUACGAAUGUAAAAUCACCCAAAAAUGGCAAGGACUUCGAUACGUUACUCUUCAGCCUCCUAUUCAAGAACUUCCAUGAUGGUUUGUCAAAAGUACAGAGAGAUAUGCAAUUUCGUCCCUUGAUAGAGAGUUCGAGGAAUUUUGAAGAAUUUGUCGAGAAAGAGUUAUGCUCCAUUCAAUCCUCGAGAAGACAAGAAGACGCGAGAUCAAUAUCAUCUGAAGAAUCUCCUCAUUCUAUGAAUUUAGAGCUUGUGCGCUUGGGGACUUUUAAAAACUUUCCUGCAUCCGGUUAUAUUUCGACAAUUAAACUCGCGAAAGAAGGGUUUUACUUUACUGGUAAUGGUGACCGUGUUGUCUGCUUUGCGUGUGGAUCUGAGAGGAGCAGAUGGAAAGCAGGCGAUAUUCCACGAGAAAUUCACCGCCAAAUUUCCCCAAAUUGUCCACUGUUGCAGACAGGUCCUUCCAAUAAUGUUCCAAUAGGAGAUGUUCCGAAUGGUGCCAAUACUGCUCAACAUACGGAAGACACUACUCAGCCUAGAAGUGUUCCAAAUAGAAUUUCUUUGAAUACUGGAGAUAACCAAAACUCAAACCAAUCUAAUAUCCAAGAUGAAGGUGCUCAAAGGGACAGAUAUUUAGAAAAUGUAAAUAACAAUGCAUCGGAAACUUUACAAGAAUCGUCUACAUUAAACAGAGACAAUACAGCUGCCAUUUCCAAUGGUGCGUUCAACACAACAAACAGCUCAGCAUUGUCGAAUGGUAACUCCCAAGCCUCAUCAUCAUCAUCAUUUUCAUCAGAAAAUGUAGCUAGUGCACCGAAGAAAACAGACGAAUACAAGAACUCAACAAAAACUGAAAUAAACACCGUCCUCUCAAGAUCGAGAAACAUACAAGAAAAAAUUAAUGCUUUUUUAAGAGAUUUAGACCCACUCGGAAUUAACUUUGACCGACCAAAAUAUCCUGCGUACGCAGUGCUGGCAACAAGAGUGAGCUCUUAUAAAGACUGGCCCACUAGUUUGACUCAAACACCACGUGACCUCGCUACAGCAGGGUUUCUGUAUGCUGGAUACGGGGAUUACACCCGAUGUUUCUUCUGUGGAGGGGGAUUACGUAAUUGGGAACCAGGUGAUGAUCCUUGGACAGAACACGCCAGAUGGUUUCCGAAGUGUGCUUUCCUGAGACAGAACAAAGGGGACGAGUUUGUUGCUCUCGUGCAAAUAGAGCAUCAGGAACAGGAAGAACUUGAAGCACAGGGUGCAGGAAAUAUUACACCUAGUUCCUUGCAUCAAGAAAGUGUACCCAAUGGGACAAGUCAUCCAGAUGUCUCUUCAUUCUCUUCCGUUCAAAGCGUCCUAGAAAUGGGUUACUCCUUAGCAGUUAUCAAAGAAGCUUUCAAUCAACUGAAGGCCACUAAGGACCCUCAAGACAUCUCUGGAGAAGAUUUGAUGGACUUUAUUUUGAGUAAAGAAGAAAGAAACAAUGGUUUGGAUAUCCCUCCCCAGAUAUUUAGCUCCAGGCCCCAGGCUAGGGGGGGAAACAUCGAGAGAAACACCAAUGGUCAACAAAAUGUGAAUGUAACCUCCCAGGCAGAUCAUACAAUGCCCUCCUCUGAUCAACAGGUGCCCUUAGCGGCAGCAAAUGGACAUUCAGUGGAAUCAAAGAAUGAAGAUGUUCCAAGGCCUAGAAAUCAGGAGAAUUUAGAUUCUUUAAAUGACAUUUUACCAUCAAUGUCCCUAGAGGACACCAAAUCAUUGAUUGAAGAAAACAGGAGACUCAGAGACCUAAGGAUCUGUAAAAUCUGUCUUGAAAAUGAGGCUUCUAUCGCCAUGUUACCUUGUGGUCAUCUCUGUUGUUGUCCAGACUGUGCUCCGGCCAUGCGGAAGUGUCCGAUAUGUCGACAGUUUGUAAAAGGGACGGUGAGAACAUGGCUGGCAUAGUUGGCAUUAGAUGACCCGAAAAUCAAGGUAACCCACCAAAUAUCUGCAUUUGAUAUCCAUAUGAUUUCCAACUUCAGUACUGUUGUGGUGUAAAUAUAAAUAUGUGUAAAUAUUAGUAUCAAAUUUGAGAAUCAUGUUUGUCCUUUCUCUGCAACCGUGCCCCCCGUAUCGAAUAUUACAAAAUCGACACAACCCCCCCCCCCCAAAGCCUACAGUAAGUAAAUUAAAUGAACGCGCCCUUUUCAGUUAUUCAGAGGUGAUCAAUCUUUCUGCUCUUCUUUGCUGCAUUAAAAAACGCGAAUGUCAGAGUGUUCGAAUAAUUUUCUCUCUUAAAGUGAAAGUGAACGCUUGCAUAAAAUUGCUUGUGACCAAAUAAGUCUUCCUUGUGACUUCGAGUUAGGUAUAUCGGCAAAAAUCCAGGGAGUGUAAUGUUUAUAACAAUAUGAAGAAGGAGAACUUUGAUUUCUGACAUUUCACCAAGAUUUUGUCACAAUUGGACUAUAC